GUGUUUAUGCUUGUGUGUUUAUGUUGGAGCUCGUACGUUUAUUAAACCUUAAAGCCGCCGCACAGGUCAUAAAAUAAAAAGACGCUAAUAAAACCAGGUUUUAGCGGUUUGUGUGUAUUACCAUGAACAGGCAAAGAGAGGAAAUAGACUGGGGAGAGCGGUUAUGUGUUCAGAAUCCGAUGCCAUCAGCAACCACAGAUCUGACUGAAACUUUACUAAAGAACGCACAUGAAGGACUGGCACCACCACUGACUGACUAUGAGAAAUGCUCUGUUAUAUCAGGACAAUAUCUCUAUUACCAUUACAUCUGUGAUGGGCAGGACGACAGGGGUUGGGGUUGCGGGUACCGGACUGUGCAGACCAUUUGCUCCUGGAUUUGUGCCAACAGAUCGACCACCAGUGGAAAGUCCAAACAAGCACCAAGUCUGGAAGAAAUCCAGCAAGCUUUAGUGGCAGUAGGAGAUAAACCCAGAUCCUUCCUGGGUUCACGGGAGUGGAUAGGAACAUACGAGGCCUCUGUGGUUAUUGACCAGCUUUUUGAUGUGCCAUGCCGUCUGGUGCACGCGCGCAGUGGCGGCACUGAGCUCGAGCUGGAGGUCCAGAAGCUGCAUGCGCAUUUCCUUGCACGCGGCUCGCCAGUCAUGAUGGGAGGGGACAGGGACAAUUCCUCCAAGGGUAUUUUGGGUGUCUGCACGGGAAAAGAAAGCACCUAUUUGUUAGUAAUGGACCCGCACUAUUACGGACCUGUCCUGGACAGAGAGGUUCUGCAGAAGAAGGGCUGGGUGGCAUGGAAACCUGUUAGAUCUCUCGAUCAAAGUUCAUUUUACAACCUCUGUCUACCACAAACCUAAUCAACAUUCUAGAUUAACUAAUAAAUAUUUCCUUUUGUUUUAAUGAUUUUUAAGGGUCUGACAUGCAGUCAUUAUAGAAGAUCUGGAAGUUUUUGUCCAUUCGGGUUCUCAGGCAGUGGCGGUUCUAGACCAUGUGAGGUGGGGGGGCCA